AUGCAGGUCCUACUACAAAGGAAUGAGACUGCGAGUCUUUUGAAAGCCGCGUUACCCAUCUACACCUUCAAACAUGCCACCAAUCACCAGUUCUUCACUAAGCGGAAAGCCGGUAAUGAAGACGACGAUCUGUAUAAUAACGGUCCAACUGACGCCAACAGUGAUGUCGAAAUUCACAACAAUGACGCAAACAAUCAGGAGCCCUACAAGCCACAGAAUCCAGACGUCUGCGGCGAUGCUUGUUGGCUCCUUACUACGACUAAAAAUGGAUGUUUUGAUGUGCGAACAAAAAACCCCUCGUUGUGGUAA